UCAUUCCUAUCUCCAUCUUUUUGUCAAAUUUCCUUUCCCUUUCCAAUUACUUUUUCUUUAAUAGAGAUGGAGGGAAUUGUUGUUUCCUUUCCCGUUCACCCAUAUUCUCCCUUUAACUCUCUUCUACAACAAUAGCACCAUGCCUGCCCUCCUCAAGCUCCAAUUGUAGCUAGAGGGGCGCUCUCUCUCUCACACACAGCAAGAAUAUAAUAUUAUUGCAUAGAUCAUAUAUCAAAAACCACACAUACAUUUGUAUCAAGCGCUGUCGUCUCAAGCGUGAAAAAAAAAAAGAAGAAAAAAGAUAUACUAGUAUUACUGUUUUCAUCAACAUUUUGGUCAAUCCAUAUAGUUCAAACUAGCUUGCUUAAUUAGCAGACAAAUCAAAAGAGGUUUUAGCUGUGUUUAUACUGUCUUUCUCAAGAUCUAGACCCACCACAUAGACCGCCUCAAGCUACAGCUAGUGCGAAUAUGUAUCCUCCAAGCAAUAAUAACUGCAACUUCAGCCCAAUUUUGUCUUCUUUAAUAUACCAAAAUAUUCCAGCUUCUCCUUAUAUGCAAUAUGAACACGAACUAUUUUUUCAAAGUUGUUAUCAUUAUGACCAAUAUAAUUACCUCCAACAACAGCAACAUGUUCCUUUGAUAGAUGAAUUGAGUGUUCACAUCUUAGCUGACAGCUGCACCGAGACUGCUACUAAACCUUCAAAUUGCGCUGAUAAUGUUAUCAUCAGCAAUCAAGUAUUAGAAGGAAUGGAAGAAGGAGGUGGAGAAGUUCGAGGAGGAAACAAAGGAGAGGACGUGAUGAGUAGCAGAAUUAGUAUUGAUAGUGGACGGAUCUCCAAAAAAAAUAAGAGAUCUUCCAAUAAAGAUCGACACAGCAAGAUCAAUACUGCUCGUGGUCCUAGAGAUCGAAGGAUGAGGCUUUCACUUGAUGCUGCUCGCAAGUUUUUCCGUUUGCAGGACUUAUUGGGAUUCGAUAAGGCCAGCAAAACUGUAGAAUGGUUGCUUACUAAAUCGGAUUCCGCAAUCGAAGGGCUCGUGGCCAAAGGCAAUGAUGCUCAGGUUACUCACAUUAAUAAGCAAACUAGCUGCAACACCACCACUACUACUACUGGAAUUGGUGCAAUUUGUGCAUCUAAUUCUAUUUCCGAGUCAUGUGAAGUUAUAUCAGGAACUGAUGAAACUUCCUCUAAUGACAAAAACAAGGAAACUGCUAAAGACGAGAAGAAGAAAAAGAAGAAGAAGUUUAACACAGCUCGUAGAGCUGCGUUUGAACCUCUUACAAAGGAAUUGAGGGAUCAAGCAAGAGCCAGGGCUAGAGAGAGAACAAAAACAAAGAAAAUGAGCCAAAUUGGCAAAUCGAAAGCCUCGGCUCAGGAUUUGAACCCUUCCGGAUCUGGGAAGCCCGCUAAUAAAACUUGUGAAGAACCUGGAACACAUGAACAACUCACCUUUCAUCAUGAGAAGAAUAGUGUUGAUGACUGUAAUUUGGUGGUUAAUGGAAAUUGGAACCCAUUUAGCAUCUUCAACUAUCAUGAGCAAAAUGCUGGAAUUUCCAAUGAGCAUCAAUUAGUUACAGACUUCCAAUUUUAUGGAAAGCUGUGGGAAGGCUAGGGCAAGGAAAUUGGAAGCGGACGAAGUUCCUUCUUCAUUUUGUGCUACUCGGCCAGAGCAGAAGAACGUUAACGGCCUGUUUCUGUUGGUAAAUGUAACAUAGAUUACUUUUAAUUGUGUGUUUCUUUUGUGUAAAAACUUCUGCGCAUAUAGCCUAUCUCUUUUUCUUUUUUUUGAAUAAAAUUUUGGCGGAGUUCAUUAAAUAACAUAUCA